ACCGUUUUGUGACUGAUUUGGUUCUGGUUGCUUUCUGAACGAAAACCCCUGCAGAUCUUGCGCGUGUUUCGAUCUCGAGUUUUGCUUUAAUUCUCGCAUUUUUGCGGAUUUAGGUGCUCCCAAGCGCUUCUACGUUAAAAGAAAAAAAAAUCUGAAUACCUGCGAGUUAGUCUGUUGUCCAGUUAACUGCGUAGGGCUUAGAUCUUUGAAUUUGAUUAUGUCCAGAGCUCAAUUUCGCCGACCUUUUACUGUCGAUCCUGUUGGAAUUUCCAUCAAAUUGAAAAUUUCGCGUGCUUUAAUUUCUCUUAUUUCCUGCUCCCGCUACUUCUUUCUGUUAUUUGGUCCGGCGUACAGCAAAUUUGGGUCUUCGACUCCUUAUUUUGAUUCUUUUCAAGAGAGAAGAGCUCAUUUUACGGCUUGAGCUCAAAAAUGCUUUUUUGUCGGUGCUCAUUAUUUCCAGUUUUCGGCAUAGAGAGAAUUUUGGUCUUUUCCCCACUCGUCUUUCUUGUGGAUUGAAGUGAUUUUGAGUUCUCAACAUGGUGCUUUACAGAGCAUCUUUUUGUUGCCGUAAAGCUUAAACUUGUUUUGUGUUAGAGUGUUUUUGCAACAAUCAAUUUGGUGCUUUCAGGAACACCUUUAUGAUUUCGAAAAUGAACUUUUCCUCUUGUUUGGGUUGCAUACGGAGAUAUUUGUUUCGAUAUGUCACGAGGUAUAUAAAUGAAAGUAGUACCUCUGGUUUGGGUCUUGUGGUGUCGGUGCCGUCUACUGUUCCCAGUUCGCAUUUGGAGCCUACUUUUCUUCUUGUUUGACUCGCAACUAAUUUCGGUCAUGACUGCCGGCUAGGAGGCCGUCUAGACUUCCUACUUUCUAAGCAUGUGUUAGCAUACUAGAAAUAUUUUAGGGUCAGGUACUCCCAAGAUUAUACAUGUAUUGAUUAGGUGUGUUGCAUGCUGAAUUAGUCUUUUAUCAUGGGAGGACUCUGUCCAAGCUUGUAGUUGGAUGGUGCACACACUGUGUGGAUCUCACCUAGCACGAAUCAAUCACCGAAGAAAUUUCUAUUGUUUGAUUUGGACGUGUGCUGAUGGUGGACCUGGAUGUUGACGUUUUCCUGAACAUCUGUGGCCUGGACUGUUCCUGGUGGAGACGUUUCAAUUGCAGAUUGGGACUUUUAUUUGGUCCUUAAGUCCUUGUCAUGACUCAUGAUUAGUGUGACAAAGAAUAUGGGUGAUCUCAGGACUGAGGACGUGUGUGGUUGUGCAGCCACUGUGGAAUCACAAUAUGCCCCUCUAAGAAACAAUGUUUUUGUUUCUUUUUUAUAUCAACCUGCUGGCAUCACAAGACUGUGGUGCUGCAUUCUGUUAGCUUAUAAUGUGCAUCAAGGAAAUCUGAGAGGGACUUUGGUUCGUUUUCUGAAGGCUAGAGAAUGGAGUGUCCCGAAAGCUCAUAAAAUGCUAAUGGAUUGCUUAAACUGGAGAGUACAGAAUGAGAUUGACAGCGUGUUAGCUAAACCCAUUCUGCCAUCUGAUUUAUAUAGAGCCAUUCGGGACACACUACUUGUUGGAUUGACAGGGUACUCCAAGCAGGGACAACCUAUUUAUGCAUUUGGUGUGGGUCUUAGUACUUUUGACAAGGCCUCAGUAAACUAUUAUGUGCAGUCACACAUACAGAUGAAUGAAUAUCGAGAUCGUGUUGUCCUGCCGGCUGCAUCAAAGAAGUUCGGGAGACAGAUCAAUACCUGCUUGAAGGUUAUGGAUAUGACUGGCCUGAAGCUGUCUGCACUGAGCCAAAUAAAGAUGUUGACCAUGAUUACAACUGUUGAUGACCUUAAUUAUCCUGAGAAAACUGAGACUUAUUACAUUGUGAAUGCUCCAUAUGUUUUCUCAGCAUGUUGGAAGGUUGUGAAGCCACUUUUACAAGAAAGAACUAAAAAGAAGAUCCAAGUCCUGUAUGCCUCUGGGAGGGACGAGUUACUGAAGGUUAUGGACUCCGAGUCACUUCCGCACUUUUGCAAAAGAGAAGGAUCAGGCUCAUCCAGGGACUCUUUAGAUGGAGUAGAUUGCUACUCGUACGAUCACCCUUUUCACCAGCAGCUGUACAACUACAUGAAGCAGCAAUCUCUGAACCAGUACUCUGCUGGUCCCAGAAAACAAGGCUCAGUCCAUGUGGAUGUGCCUUCACCUGGCCUCGAGGAGGUCAAGAUUGCGGAGACAAUUAAAGCAGAGCUCCAAAAUUUGAGGGGAAGCAACGGUCUCACUCAUUCAUUCAACAGCAUACAGAUCGAGGGUCCAUGAGGGCGCCAAGCUUGAGAAGGGGCCGCGCCUGAGACAGUGGUCCAAAGAGAAGCUCUGGUUAUCUUGUCCCCAGGAACCUAUGCUGUGGUGGUAAUAGUGCCUCUUGCUUGCAAUUAUUGGCUGCUGGCUUGAUCAGGGCGAAUACAGAGCGUAGUAGAGAACGGGAUUCUAAUAACUGUAUCCAAGAUUGUUAUGGUUUUCUAAUUAACCUAGUGACUAGACUAGUGAGUAUGUAUUCUCAUGCUUACGGCAUGGAAAUGUGAUGUUUCCAACAAGGAAAGCUAUUGGCUUGUACUAUCUGUGUAUGCAUGUAUAUGUAAGGAGACUUGCUAUAUAUGACGGCCAACUGGAUGGAGUUGUAUAUGUAAGGAGACUUGUACUCCCUUCUAAUCACUUAGGCACCGUUAGGUUCCCAGGGAAUGAUGCCCCGGAACCAUUUCUAUAAGAAAUCGUUGUGUAAUUUA